UUUGUUUUCCCCAAAAACUAGGUCCUUAAAUCUUAAAGGUUGUCGAACUUCGCUCCAAUAUAUGGUUUUAUUUGAAAAACUCACGAGUAAUAAUUCUGUAUUGUUUGAAAAAAAAAUGGAAAAAUAUUAUUAUUAUCGAUGACUCAUUAAUUAUAAUAAUUAAAAUGACUUUGAGAACGUGUUUUAUUAUAUGUAAGGUAUAUAAAGACAUCAAAUUGUUGAGAGAUCUCGUUCCGGAUUAACGACAGGUAACCUGCGCCUGGAGAACCUUGAACUAUCACCGAUGUUUAUCAGACCGCCUGGGUGUAUGAAAAUGUGCAACAUUAUUCACAGCGAAAAAGAAAUUACAUAAUUAAUCGUAGAAAUUCUUAAAACUUUCUAACCGACGAUAUAAUCAAAAUGAGUUUGAAACACUUGGCUACCGGAUCAGUUGCCCCGCCCAUUGUAUCUGGAAAAAUACGUUUGUAUAGCAUGCGAUUUUGUCCGUAUGCCCAAAGAAUUCAUUUAGUACUUGACGCGAAACAUAUACCACAUGAUGUUGUUUAUAUUAAUUUGACAAAUAAACCUGAAUGGUUACUAGAAAAAAGUCCUUUGGGCAAAGUUCCUUGUAUAGAAUUGGAAGGAGGAGAAACAUUAUAUGAAAGCCUUGUGAUUGCUGAAUAUUUGGAUGAUGCAUAUCCACAAAACAAACUUUAUCCUGGUAAUCCCCUUGCUAGAGCUAAGGAUAAGUUGUUAAUUGGUAGAUUUAACUCUGUUAUAAAUACUUUGUAUAAGUUAUAUGUCAGUACAUCUAUAGACAGAGACAUAUUUGAUGAUGUCUUAUCAGAAUUGGGUCUUUUUGAAAGAGAACUUGUAUCAAAAGGAACACCAUUCUUUCAUGGUAGUUCUCCUGGUAUGUUAGAUUUUAUGAUAUGGCCAUGGUGGGAGAGAUCUGAUGUAGUUAGAGUUUUACGUGGAGAUCAGUUUACUAUACCACGUGAUAGGUUCAAGAGAUUGUUGGAAUGGAAAUCUGCCAUGAAGGAGAAUCCUGUUGUUCGAGCUAGUUACUUAGAUACCGAAGUACAUGCUAAGUACAUGCGAAGUCGUCGUGCUGGAACGCCACAGUACGAUUUAAUUACUGCUUAAGUUAAUAACUUCUAAUUUGUAUCUUCAAAUAUAUAUGUUUAUAAAUAAUAUAAUAUAUUUAGAAAUGAAACAUUACUCGCAGAAUGUUGCUAAUAAUUUAAUGAUUAUCAGUUUAUAAAUGUUGUGAAUUUGUUGUAAAACUAAUAUAAACAUAACUUUCCAUUUCGUUAACUAUUUGUGUAAUAAUCAUAACAAAUCUAUUUUAUAUUAUGAAAUAUAUCUACGUGAUUUAAAUAAAAUAUAUUGGCAUAU